UCCCCAGCGCGAGGUGGACUCGGAGCUUGAGAGCUGCAAUGUGGCUGAAGGUGGGGUACCUACUGCGGGUAACCUAUGGAGAACGGGGACAGAUUGUUGGUCUACCUUGUGGGCCCCUGGGGCCUGGGGCCCACUGGUGGGGACCAUGUGGGGGUUCUUGGGCCCAAAAGUUUCAUCAGGAUGGGCCUGGAAGAGGUUUGGGUGAGGAGGAUAUUCGCAGGGCCCGGGACGCCCGUCCCAAGAAGACACCCCGGCCCCAGCUCAGUGACCGCUCUCGCGAACGCAAGGUGCCUGCCUCCCGCAUCAGCCGCUUGGCCAACUUUGGGGGACUGGCUCUGGGCUUGGGGCUGGGAGCACUGGCAGAAGUAGCCAAGAAGUCCCUGCCAGGAGGACAUGUGCAGUCAGAGGGCAGCUCUCAGCUGAGCUCUAGCCCCUUCCUCUCGGAGGCCAACGCAGAGAGGAUUGUGCAGACUUUAUGUACAGUUCGGGGAGCCGCCCUCAAGCUUGGCCAAAUGCUCAGCAUCCAGGACAACAGCUUCAUCAGCCCCCAGCUGCAGCGCAUCUUUGAGCGGGUCCGACAGAGCGCCGACUUCAUGCCCCGCUGGCAGAUGCUGAGAGUUCUCGAAGAGGAACUUGGCAGGGACUGGCAGACCAAGGUGGCCUCCCUGGAAGAAGUGCCUUUUGCCGCUGCCUCAAUUGGGCAGGUACACCAGGGCAUGCUGAAGGACGGGACAGAGGUGGCUGUGAAGAUCCAGUACCCAGGUGUUGCCCAGAGCAUUCAGAGUGAUGUCCAGAACCUGCUGGCAGUGCUAAAGAUGAGUGUAGCCCUGCCUGAGGGCCUAUUUGCUGAGCAGAGCCUGCAGGCCCUGCAGCAGGAGCUGGCUUGGGAGUGUGACUACCGUCGAGAGGCCGCUUGUGCCCAGAACUUCAGGCAGCUGUUGGCAGAUGACCCCUUCUUCCGAGUGCCAGCCGUGGUUAAGGAGCUGUGCACAACAAGGGUGCUGGGCAUGGAGCUGGCUGGAGGGGUUCCCCUGGACCAGUGCCAGGGCCUGAGUCAGGACAUCCGGAACCAGAUUUGCUUCCAGCUCCUGAGGUUAUGUCUGCGGGAGCUGUUCGAGUUCCGAUUUAUGCAGACAGACCCCAACUGGGCCAACUUUCUAUAUGAUGCCUCCAGCCACCAGGUUGGUUCCUUCCUCUGUCCUUCUGACCCACACCCAUUUCCCCAGGUGGUGAAGGCUGCAGCCGAGGGAGACAGAGACCGGGUCCUGCAAAAAUCCCGAGACCUCAAAUUCCUCACAGGCUUUGAAACCAAGGCCUUCUCCGAUGCCCAUGUGGAGGCAGUAAUGAUCUUGGGAGAACCUUUUGCCACCCAGGGCCCCUAUGACUUUGGGGCAGGGGACACUGCUCGUCGCAUACAGGGCCUUAUCCCCGUGCUGCUGCAGCACCGGCUGCGCCCCCCACCUGAGGAGACCUAUGCUCUGCACCGCAAGCUGGCAGGGGCUUUCCUGGCCUGUGCCCGCCUCCAUGCCCACAUUGCCUGCAGGGACCUCUUCCAGGACACCUACCACCGCUACUGGGCCAGUCGCCAGACAUAGCCAUUGACCAGCAGCCUCCUGGCCAGAGAGGACCUUGGGGCAAGUCCCUUCUGACUGCCUUCAUGGGAGAUCCCAGCCCAGAGUGGGCCACCCCCUGCUGUAGUAUCGCCUAUCCCUGGCCCCUGUGCUCUGGAUCCCAGGAGGCCCCUUCGGUUUCCCAGCUUUGCCUACUUCUCCUCUUUGGCCCAGGAGCUCAGGAAGCCUGGGGCUGAGGACCUUCCAAUUUCACGGACUGUGUAUCCUGCUCCUCCCCACUCCAGAGUGGACAACCAGGAAUUCUAAACCAGGGAAACAACUUAUUUCUGCCAUCAUGUUCAGGAGCCCUCAGCCCUCCUGCAUGCCGUUAUGGAAAACCGGACUCGAGAGGGGUAGCCCCUCACCUCUGUCUCCUGGUCUCCGAAAGAGAAGAGAUGGUGGAGAGAUGGUGGCCAGUGCGUGCAGCUCUCCCCUUUGCCUCCUUCACUCCUCUACCAGCUGCGUUCUCCUGGGCUCCAGCCUGUAUGUGUGUUUGUGUGUGUGUGUAGGGAGGUGAGGUGGGAGGCGGGGUUGAACCUUCAGUUGGAAUAAAAUCGGCCCUCCCCUUUC